GUCAAGGCUACUCCCACUGCUGCCAAGAAGUCCAAGUUCGUUAUCGACUGCUCCGGUCCCGCUAACGACAAGAUCUUCGAUGCUGCUGCCUUCGAGAAGUACCUUCAUGACCGUAUCAAGGUUGAAGGUCGCACCAACAACUUGGGCGAGGCUGUUACCAUCACCCGUGGUGCUGACAACAAGAUCACCGUGGUUGCCAACAUUGCUUUCUCCAAGCGCUACUUGAAGUACCUCACCAAGAAGUUCUUGAAGAAGAACCAGAUCCGUGACUGGCUCCGCGUCAUUGCUACCGACAAGCAGACCUUCGAGCUCCGUUACUUCAACAUCGCCAACGAUGAGGAA